UUGUGUGUGGGGGUCAUUGCAGAUGGCUCGUACAAAGCAAACAGCUCGCAAGUCCACCGGCGGCAAAGCGCCGCGGAAGCAGCUUGCCACUAAAGCGGCGCGUAAGAGCGCUCCGGCCACAGGUGGGGUGAAGAAGCCUCACCGCUACCGGCCCGGUACCGUGGCUUUGCGCGAAAUUCGCCGCUACCAGAAGUCCACCGAACUGCUGAUCCGGAAGCUGCCGUUCCAGCGCCUGGUGCGAGAAAUCGCGCAGGACUUCAAAACCGACCUGCGCUUCCAGAGCUCUGCGGUGAUGGCGCUGCAGGAGGCUUGCGAGGCCUACCUGGUGGGGCUCUUCGAAGACACUAAUCUGUGCGCUAUUCACGCCAUGUCUGGUCGUGGCAAAGGCGGAAAAGGAUUGGGGAAGGGUGGUGCUAAGCGCCAUCGUAAGGUGCUCCGGGAUAACAUCCAGGGCAUCACAAAGCCGGCUAUUCGCCGUUUGGCUCGGCGCGGUGGCGUCAAGCGCAUUUCCGGUCUCAUCUAUGAGGAAACUCGAGGUGUGCUGAAGGUUUUCUUAGAGAACGUUAUUCGAGACGCUGUUACCUAUACGGAGCACGCCAAGCGCAAAACUGUCACAGCCAUGGAUGUAGUAUAUGCUCUAAAACGUCAGGGGCGCACUCUGUAUGGCUUCGGCGGCUGAAUCUAAGAAUACGCGGUCUCCUGGAACUUCAAAAAAAA